AUGUUCCGGUUACUCGGCGGCUGUUUAAUAUUUGGGAUUACGUGGGCGUCGAUCGGCACGGUACAAGUCCGACUUCACGUAGAUGCUCAUUUCGACGGGAUCGAGCUGUUCAGAUUUUGUCUGAAGCCUUUUAAGAGGUUAUCCGUCCCACAGUAUGGCGAAUGUCCGCUCGGGGCGAGGACUGUGGAUUUGAGUGGCCGGUACGGUCCCCGAUGCAAUUUGGCGUGCGCGGAAACGGAACGCUACGGCUGCGACGAGAAUGGCGCGAAAAAGUGCAAAAACGGAUGGACUGGUUUGGACUGUGGAAAAGCCAUCUGCUCGACGCCCUGCCAAAACGGGACCUGUACAGCACCGGAAGUUUGCAGCUGCGCUUCUGGCUUUCGGGGGGCUCGCUGCGAAGAGUGCAUACCCCUGCCGGGCUGUCAGCACGGAGCCUGCCGAAAUGGCGAGCCCAACACAUGCCACUGCGAGAAGGGAUGGAAAGGGCUGCUCUGCGAUUAUGACCUGGACCACUGUAGCCGAGCGUCGCCCUGUGCAAACGGGGGUCUCUGCAUGAACGGCGGCCCCGAGCAGUUCACCUGCCAAUGUCCGCAGGGAUUUUCUGGCGACAGAUGCGAGAUCCCGAGCGGCGCCGACCCUUGCCACCAAGAAGGGAUCUGUUCGAAUGGUGGUUCCCUCCUCGUGCUCUCCAUCAUCCUCCUCAUCCGUCUACAAAAAGCCGGCAAAAUCGGCUAUGCCCAGGAGAAUCUCGUGAAUACGGCACGGAAAAGGAUAUAUCAGGCGCUUCCAUCCUCAUUUCAACAAAAUGCCCAACCAAAAAACGACGGGUCCCGGCGGGAAGUCGAGCUGGAAUGCUGCCAAAUGGAGCGAGAACAGCUACGCGACACUCCUCUCGACGACCCUCCCCCAUACGAGGAUACGGUAGCCGUUGAGGACACUGAAGAGGGCGAGGAAGUGCAACAUGUCGAGGUGCCGACGGCCGUGCUGCACGCGCUCGCCGCCACUUUGGCGUUCUUCCUCUUCUUCCUCUACAUGGCCAAAACGGGCGGCGCCGAGACGGCCUUCUGCCACGUCGUCGACCCGGCCGUCACCAGGAUCGACUCGUACGCCCUCCACACGCUGCGCGAGUUCGAGAAGUUCUUCGCCAAGGCCCGACCGGAAGAGGUGAAAAGUGGUCAGUCGAAAAGUGGCGCCACCCACGCCGUCUCCACCUGCAGUGUGAUGCAGCCGACCCGCUCGCGGCGCCCGCGCCUGGCUGCUAAAUUCAGCGCCAGCCACCCGAAUGAGACGACCAAG